CAAAACAGGCAACUGAACUGUUCUCGCCGGGGCGGUUCAUACAGGGCUGGGCGUGGGCUCUAACAGUCUCCUCUCCCUAUUCGAAGCACAUUGUUCGCCGUGAGCUAACCUCGUAUACAGCACUGAACGAAUGCUUUGAUAAAUUUCACUUAAAAUUGCAGUAUCUGGAAUAACAACAUACAUUUUCUGUUGUCGAAACUAUUGAGACAUUCGUUGAGGAAACACCAUCUGGACGUCAACGCUUGGAACGCUCAGCUGCUACUGAGUAAUACAUAAUACAUUGUUUCCAGUAGACCACCUCGCCCUCUUGAUAAUUAGGGUAGAGCUCUGCUUAUUAAGUGUGUGUGUGUGGGGAGCAGUGAGGAUGACGGAGUACAAGUUGGUGGUGGUGGGGGCAGGAGGUGUGGGGAAGAGUGCACUCACCAUCCAGCUUAUCCAGAACCACUUUGUGGAUGAAUACGACCCCACCAUAGAGGACUCGUACAGGAAGCAGGUGGUGAUUGACGGGGAGACGUGUCUGCUGGACAUCCUGGACACUGCAGGUCAGGAGGAGUACAGUGCCAUGAGGGACCAGUACAUGAGGACAGGGGAGGGCUUCCUCUGUGUCUUCGCCAUCAACAACACCAAAUCCUUUGAGGACAUCCACCAGUACAGGGAACAGAUCAAGCGUGUGAAGGACUCUGACGACGUACCGAUGGUGCUGGUGGGUAAUAAAUGUGACCUCCCGGCGUGUACCGUGGACACGCGGCAAGCACAGGAACUGGCCCGCAGCUAUGGAAUUCCCUACAUUGAGACCUCGGCCAAGACACGACAGGGGGUAGAGGAUGCCUUCUACACACUAGUCAGAGAGAUCAGGCAACACAAGCUGAGGAAGCUCAACCCUCCUGACGAGAGCGGGCAGGACUGCAUGAGCUGCCGCUGUGUGGUGUCUUGAUGGAGCUCACCAAUUCGCGGUGAGGAGUGGACCUAUGGCGCGUAGUGGCAGCAUGGACUUGAAGACUGACGGUGGAAGCUGAAACAACAACAACAAACUUUGAAACUAAAGAGGACGGUCAAGGAAAGGCAGAGCAAGCAGAUGUAUCACCAAGCUAUCUGUGUACCAUAGACGUUUGGGAGAGGAGUACCUUGCCCCUGCCAGGCCAGGCUGUGCCAUGCUAGUCUCGUCUAGACUAGGCUUUCUGUCCCCUCUUUUUGAGUCCAUGUCUGCCAGAGCAACACCACUAAUGACUGUUUUUCUCCAGUGUGAUCAUGCCGAGCAUCUCCAAUGAGUUCCUGCGAAGUUAUUGUUUAACAGUCUCAACACUGGUCUUAAAGGGGGGUGUCACCAACCCAUGGUGAGUCCCCCCACCACCACCUCACACCUCAACCCAGAUUUUACAUUUGACCCCCUGAAAAGAGUGGACAGUAGUUGCCUAUAUCCCCAUGCAUAAUUAACCUCCCCCAGCCUCCCUGUUCCACUCUAGAGGGGCUCUGCAGAAACCUCAUUAUUAUGGAUACAAGUAGGGGACAGAGCAUGAUACAAGACACACCACAUAGGAAUGGUGCCUUUUUUACGGUUAGUCCAGCCGUCGAACCUAACUUUCUUUUCUUCUUAAACGCAUUGUUUUUGCUAUGUGAUUUUUGUUGUGAUUGAAGGUGGUCAUGCUCAGCGCUGUAAAGUAAGUCAGGAUGUUUAUUUUGUGUGAUGGGAGGUUGCCAUUUUAAGACCUGUCUUGGGUGGAGAAGUGAGUGGUACAUGAGUGAUGUUUUACUUUCUGUUGCCUUCAAGGUUGGGCUGAAUUGUGGGUGGAGGCUGGGAGACUAAGGUCAAUGCUUGGUCCAUGCAGUGCCAUUUAUUUAUCAUGGAAUGGUUACGCAGUGAAAGAUUCUUGCACAGCUUUUCAAGGAAGUGGAACAAAAUGUGCUUUGAGCUUGAUUACCGGUGGCAUUAAUUUCUUUCAAGUUCCUUUGCUUAAAUAACUUCAUGGUGUUUAGUAUAGUUUGCCAGUUGUAGAUAGCAGGUAUCAGUCUUCCCUGUGUUUUUAUUAAGGCUCAGGAAAUAGGCAUGUCCAGAAAUGCCACGUCUUUUGAUCCUGGAACAUAAGAUAGAAUGACAGAAUUUCAACUUCACAGAUUGUAAUGCACAAGACCUGCCUUAAAUUACUGCUAAUAUGCGGGAUAAAACUGGUUGUUUGGCCACAGUAACCUUCUCUCUCUCAUUCUACUCACUACUGCCGCCUCAGAAAGAUAUUUGGUUCCCUGAGAAGAUCAUUUGAUUUAAGAUAGUCAUGUCUGAGCCAACUUCUAUUGAAAGAAAAGUCAGCGGAAAACAUUCUUCAUUUCAGGGGUUCURGUAAUUUUUCUCAAUAUUGAAUGAUGUAGGUAGGACUACUAGCUUUUGUGCUCUCUACAACACUAACGUCAGCAUAGGGCUGACAAUACAAAUGAACACUGCUUGGUCCUGUUUAACUUGCCUUAUUUGUUAGCUAGUACUUCAUGCCUUGUACAUGUUAGAGCAGUAAGUUUGUCGGAAGCAAGUGUUUCUGUGGUGGUCUGUGUCUGCUUUCCUCUGUGGAUAACUGUUGUUGUGAAUGACUUAUGGCGAUUGGAGAAUGUUUUCCUCAUGUCUGGAGGGAAAGAAGGAGCACAAACAAACUCUGAAACACUCCAACCAGAUGUGAUUUUUUACUGCAUGCCCUGUCUGAAUAGUUAGAUUGUUUGUGUUUUAGUCCAAACUAAGUAUGUUUAGUGACUCCAAUCUUAAUUCAUUAAGUGUUCUGGGGUUUCUUUUACUGUAAAAGGGCCACUUUAUUUCGAUUUCCUCCUCUUGUUUUUGAAGGUACUUAUCCCCAUAGUUCAGCCACAGUGCCACAGUAGAACAUUGUGAUGCCUCAUUAGACUUCUGUCAAAGCCAAGUCAACACCCCUUGACCUCUUGUAUAGAAGAUAGACCUAAAUGUUGGAAAAUAAUCAUUUUCUUUUGUUUCUAGAAAUGCUUAAUUUCACUCUGACUUUUUGCUGCUAUCAUACAUGUGAGUGGUGUUCCUUAGCAUAUGUACAGUACGUGCUCUUGUAUGUGGUUUUCCAGGAGCUCCCCUCCUCCAACAAACACUCUGCUGAGUUACCCCCUAUCUUGCCUGAACACAAUAACACCUUUUGGCAUAUAAGGGCUUUUUGACCUGCACCCUCUACCAUGAGAGGGCCCUGCAGUCAGACAAGACUCCCCCAGAUCCUGUCACCUUUCCUGGUUUGCUACCCUUCAUAUGACCCCUUGGAUCCAGGGAAUGGACAAACUGUCAUGGAGGUGGGCUGUGGUCGAAGGAUGAAGACACUGCACACAGGCUUGGUACCGUAACCUCAGACGACAGCCACUACACUUAUUCUGGCUCUGUCUGGAUAUAACUUCUCCACUGCAUUGUGUGGACCACAGWUUAUAUUCUGGAGCUCUGAGGGAUUCUGAGACUGGGACGAUGUUGACCCUGUAUAGGUUGAUUCUCAAUCAUUUUUGUGUGGGGGGGGGGGUCAAACUGAUCAAACUGUGAAAAAAAAAGUGCAUUUUAACAGAAAAUACUGUUCUAUUAAUAUAUGGCACUCCAUAACCAUAUAAAGUAAAUCUAUUCUGUACUUUGAAAAAGAAAUAACCAAUCUUAAAUCUUUGUCCACAUAGUGAUCUACUGGGUAAUGUUAAACAAAUCAGACAUGCUAUGUAACUUGUGUAUCAGGUGAACAUCUGGUGAUAGAAGACAUUUACUGUACAGUUAACUGAACUAUAGUUGCCAGUUAUAUGCCAGUUAAUUAUUUUCUACCAUUUCCCUUGUCUGUCUGUACUAUAUUGUACACUGACUGACAGGCAGUUAUGGACACACAUCUGAAGGUAAAUUCUUACAAACUGGACAUCAGUUGUCGUCAAGCGGAAUACAAGACCAGCAGGCCACUGGUAAUCAUGUCUGAAUGGAGGGGACAAUUUUGGGGACAAAAAACGUGGACAUUGGGGGGGUUUGCCCAAGUACUGAAAUCACAUAAAGGGCUUGCUUCUCCCUGUAAAACUGUAGUUUGAAUAAGCGAGAGAGGAUGUGGGUUUGGAAGUUUGAUUGUGAAAAUAUCAACUGUUUGAACUAUUUAAGAUGUAUUUACUCUAACAAAAUAGCAAAUGUACAGCAGGGCAGGAAUAAAGAUGUCAAGAUAAACUCA